AAUGCCAAUGUUAUGGUCGGAAAUCAGACCAGUCGUCCUCUGAGCUGAGUUUUCAGUCGCCCUUCAACAGAGAAAGAGUGCGUUUCUUUGCCAUAACAGACACCAGCCCAACGUUAAACCAUGGCAGCGACAAUUGCACGGAAAGCUGUUGACCAUUUGAAGAGCAAAGAUUUCAGGGAUUAUUUGACAAGCACGCAUUUCUGGGGUCCUAUCGCAAACUGGGGUCUUCCCAUAGCCGCCAUCACAGAUAUGAAGAAGAGCCCUGAGAUUAUCAGUGGCAGGAUGACCUUUGCUCUGACCUGCUAUUCACUGCUCUUCAUGAGGUUCGCCUACAAGGUACAGCCACGCAACUGGCUACUGUUUGCUUGCCAUUUCACCAAUGAGGCAGCACAGCUAGUGCAGGGAAGUCGUCUCAUCAAAUACAAAAUGGAGAAGAAGAAGAUGCAAUCUUAGUGGCAGAGUAAAGCAGAUGCAGAACGAUCACUGCAGAGUGGCACCAUGCUGUUUUAACCACCAUGUAAACCUGGACAUCAAAACGAAUGCAUCCAACCAUCUUAUCUAAUCAUCUUAACUGUGGCACUUGCACCAUUUAUUUUAACCUAUUGUUACUGUGAUUGAUCAUCCUCGUGCAUUUUCACUUUUACUGCACAGACAGAAAAAAGCAGACGCUUUUCCUCCAAGAAUUUAGGUCAACUGCUGUGUUUUUGCAACAUUCAAUUUCAACACACAUUGACACACAAAAAUCUGAUGUGGGUGAAUGUACACUUUGCUGAAUAGCCUGACUGUUUGCUGCCUUGCACACUGCCUGUUGCACAUUUUCAGCAAAACAAUCUUUAGUCAUCAAUCAUCUCAUUUUAGGUCAUCAGCAUUAUUAUUUGUAUUACUUUCUUACCUGCUUAGUAAUUGAAAUAUGAAUGUUGUUUCAAAGAGAACUUAGCCUGAAUUCAUCUUGCGAUAUCCACAGGAUGGCAGAUUAUCACUUGCUAAACAUUUGGACUUUGAUCCUUUGACCUUCACUUAAGCAGGGAGUACACACAGAGCUACGCUUUUUGUUUGUAGUGCAAAAUGGUAUACUGUACAAUGAAAACGGUGUGACUAGAGGACCCGAUUUGGCAUAGUUUUAUGAAAGUAUAAUAAAUAAGACAAGCUGCUUCUGUCAGUGCUGACCAAACAUGUAGUGUGUGUUGUUAUCAUAUGUAGUUCACAUUAAUUUAUUGCCAUUGUAUAAUUAAUAUAAUUUUUCCCUGAUUAAUGAUUUGAUUCUCUGGGUUUGUUCAAAUAAACUGGCUAUGAGCAACUUGAA